UCACAGUCGCGGUCCGCUCCAGUCACACUUGUAAUUAUCUGUCUAAAUCAGUUACCAAAAUAGCUUCUGAAUCUCUUGCAGUGUAUAGUGUGUGUGGGGUCCGGGGAGUGUGUGUGAGGGCGGGUCAGUGGUGACUCCUGCGGGGAUGUGGGCGGCGCGGGCGGCACUCAAGGUGGUGAUGACCGCCGCCCUCCUGGCCCGCCUCAGUACCUAGGCAGCACCCGUGGUGUAGGGACGCCGACCGUGUCCUCUCACACCGCCCGGGCACGCCGACCCCCCUCACCCCUGCCUGCCACAUGCCACCAUCACACACUCAUGGAUAAUUCUUACAUAGACUGUAUUUUGAAAGUGCAUUAAACAUCUCCAAUUGAAGUCUGUCAACCAAUGGGUUGUUAGACUUCCAUAGUACUGACUGGCAAUUGACACCUCAAGCCACUGUUUGGCACAGGGCCAGUUACAGGCCCUCACAGUGACACAGGUGUCACGAGGUGCCUCCAGCACACACCUGUUGAUUGGGUACUUGACGCUCCAUUCCUGUAGACGACUAUACGACGUGUGGGUGACCAGCAUGAGGGCGUGGCCUGGGCGACCCCUGCUGCUCCUGUCCACCCACCUGCUCCUGCUGCUCCUGCCCAGCCGGGUCUUCACCUCCCCAGCCGUCCUCCACCCACUACUGUGGGAUGGGACGUGUGAGGUGGGAUGGUUCGAGUGCGGCCACAACUCGACGCUGUGUGUGGAGCAGCGGUUCUUCUGCAACGGUGUCCGGGACUGUCCCGGCGGCCACGACGAGCUCAACUGUGUGCCCUCCUCCGGCGACAGCAGCGCCGCCAAGGCCAUCCUCAACAAGAAGAAGCUUCUACAUGAGGAGAUUCACAGCUGUAGUCUGACGCGGGUGCCGGCGUUCUGCAUGUGCAGGAUCGAGACGUUGCUCCACUGCAAGGCCGCCAACCUGACCUCCGUGCCCCAGGACCUGGACACCAACGUCACGGGUCUACUGUUGGGAAACAAUAGCAUCGUCCUCACGCCAGACUCCUUCACACGAUACCCCAGCCUGACUCUAUUGCACCUCGAGAACAACGGGCUGAGGUCCAUACCUAGAGGAGUCUUCAAGCCCCUCACCAACCUUGCUAAACUGUUCCUGGCGAAGAACCACCUAGGGCGUAGUGACGGCCUCCGCCCUUCCCUGGAGGAGCUGGGCGCCCUGCCCAGCCUCCACCACCUGGACCUCAGCUACGACUCCCUCACCCAGUUCGACCUCCUGCUGGACCUCGCCCCCGGCCUCAAGGCUCUCUUCCUCAACUUCAACCGCGUGACUCUCCGAGGUCGAGAGGUCAGCCCUAACGCCCACUCCCUCAAGGACCUGUUCCUGGAGCACAAUCUGGUGGAGGAGCUGACGAAGGACUCCCUCAGGGGCUUCACGGGACUGGAGGCUCUGUACUUGCGUCACAACAAGAUCAGAGUGAUACAUCCCGGCGCCUUCCUGGAGCUCCACAGCUUACUUGAUCUGGAGCUACACAACAACAGGAUCCAGAGCAUUCAUCCGGAAACUUUUGAAGGACUUACGGCACUCGUUAAUUUAGGUCUGAAGGGCAACCCGCUGGUGGUGGUGGCCAGUGACACAUUCCGAACACUUCCCAAGCUCGACUCCCUAGGGCUGGCGGACAUGGAGCUGAGUGUGGAGCAGCUGCUGAACGUCUCCAGGGACCUGGCCCACAACGCCGUCACCCAUGCGCACUUCAAGAGGUUCCGAUACUGUGGGUACUUUCCUCGCGUGCCCAACUGCUCGCCCAAGACGGACGGGGUGUCGUCGUUCGAGCACCUGCUGGUGAGGCUGGAGCUGCGUGUGACGGUGUGGCUGGUGGCGGCGGCCACACUAGUGGGCAACCUGACGGUGCUGGGCGGCCGGGGCCUCUCCCGCGACGACAACAAGGUCCUCUCCCUCUUCAUCCGUAACCUGGCAGUGGCCGACCUCCUGACGGGCUUCUACCUGGUGGUGGUAGCCGUGAAGGACCUGCAGUUCCGCUCAGAGUACCACGUCCACGCCUACUACUGGAUGACCUCCUGGGAGUGCACUAUCACCGGCGUCCUCGCCAUGACCUCCGCUGAGGUGUCGGUGUUGAUCCUGGCCUUCAUGUCCGUGGAGCGGUGGGUGUGCAUCACCUGGCCCCUGGCCGCCCCUAAGCUCUCCCACGAGGGUGCCAAGCUGGCACUCGCCUGCAUCUGGGCGCUGGGCAUCGUCAUCUCCAUCAUCCCAGUGAUGUACUACCGCGGGCAGCAGGGCUUCUACGGCACCAAUGGGCUGUGCUUCCCGCUUCACCUGGACGACCCCUGGGUCCCGGGGUGGCUCUACUCGGCUCUCGUCUUCGUUGGCCUCAAUCAGAUUGGUGUGGUGCUGAUCCUGAUGUCAUACACCGGCAUGUUCUGCAGCAUCCGCCGCACCAGGGCCAACACCCCGCUCUCCCUCGGCGACCGCGAGUUCGCGAUGCGCUUCUUUUUCAUUGUGUUCACCGACUGCCUGUGUUGGACACCCAUCAUCAUCCUGCGGAUUAUGGCGCUCGCAGACAUCGACAUCACUCCCAAGCUCUAUGCCUACGUCGUGGUGGUCUUGCUGCCCAUCAACUCCGCCCUCAACCCCUUCCUCUACACCUUCACCACCACCAAGUUCCGCUCUCAGGUCCGUCGCUUUUUCACGGGGCACGGCAUGUGUCGCUGGCCCCCUCGCAGGGACUCUGACUCAGAGGUGACGAGGACGUCCUUCUUCAGGAGCGCCACCUGCAGGCUGACCAACGGACGGGACAUUCUGCACCUUCACAACGGCGCCUCCCACGCUGUCGACGACACCACCGUGGCCGAGGUCUCGCGGAUCUCUUUAAUAAAGGACGAGAACACAAUGGCCGAAACCAAGUUGUGAAUCGUCCUCUUUCAUGCCAAGAAUAUGACCACCAAUCGUAACCAGCCUUGAGAUGACCUGCAAAAGCCCAAAUAUUAAUUGCGUUAUCGAACUUGGUCUAUAAACUGGGUUUGGGAGACAAGAGUACACAUCACUGGAUGAGAAUGAAAGAAAAUACUUACUCAUCGGGACUCGAAGCAUCUCUGGCGUUCAUGCAGCCAAAAGCUUAUUAAGAUGUUGAGGUAUCUGUCUGUGUAGCGACUGUCACAUUCUGUUGUGGCCUUCGUCUCCUCAGGUUUAACCAGAGGUGUGACGGAAACCUUACCGGUGGAGAGGCCAGUGAUUGUCGAUGUUAGCAGUGAAGAUAAUAACUGCCUGUGGUAGGAGGUAAGGGGGGUGUCGGUGACGAGAAUAACUCUAAUUCAGAGGAAAAAUAACAGGCCCCAAAUCUGAAGGUGGCAAUGUCGAAUGUAAAAUUUACUUGAGAGUAUGAACGCGUUGUUCAGCGAGUCCCGUAAUGGUGACAGUGCCAGCGAAUGCCGCGAUGGUGUCAGUGCCAGGGAGUGCCGCGAUGGUGACAUGGCCAGCGAAUGCCUCGAUGGUGACAGUGCCAGUGAGUGCCGCGAUGGUGAUAGUGCCAAACAGCAGUAGAGACGGCCACCAUCGCAAUCUGUCUUGGGUUGAAAUGAGAGAAUUCCGCUUAAUUAACUGAUAAACGUAAUUUGGCUAAUAUCAGGCAACAAACUAAUUAAAACACACCGUUGCCAUAACACCUGGGGAAAGAUGAGGAAAUGCGAUGUAUUCAUAUCUACAUAUAUACACAUGAAUGUAUUUACCUGUUCUUGUGUAAGUGUAUAUAUAUAUAUGUAAGUGGGUCUGGAUAUAUAUAUAUAUAUAUA